CUGAUCCACCCCAUCAUCAUCCAAGAAAUCCAAAUGAAACUCAAAUAUAUCCAGAACUCUGCUCACCUAGUCUCCAUCCCUUCACCACAUCAACCUCGUCCUCCAGAACCUCCAGUGGCUUCCGGUCCCACAACAGAUCCAAUUCAAAGUCCUUCUCCUGACCCACAACACCUCUCCACGACCAGGUCUGCUGUUCCCUCAGAGACCUGCUCCACCACCAUACUCCAUCCUGCAGCCUCCACUCCUGCACCGGACCUGCAGCGACAGAGUCUUCCCCACAGUUGCCUCCCUCCCUCUGGACCUCUCUUACCGAACAUUCAAAAUGUGACGUGCUGUUUGAUGAUUUGAACUCCUGUAAAGUGUCUUUUGUCUACAUUGGCUGUAUUGUGUUAUUUUCCUUUGUUUAUUUGUCCUCUGCUUUGUGUUUAUGGCUGCAUGUUUUUAUGUUUUAAUGAGCACACUCCAGUAAAUUCUUGGGAGGAAGUGAGCACGAGACAAAAAUCAAAGAAAAAGAAACAAAAAACAUCAUAAAAAGCUGAGUUAUAAAAGCGUCUGUGGUAAAUCAUCAAUAAAUAACAGCACGUGUCCUGAUAAGAUGUGUGCAUAAAUAUCUCUGUGUGGUUCACGUCAACUCAUUUUCAUCAACACAGAAUAAACUGCAGCUCCUCAUCUUCCUCUGAGUUCAUCGUCAAAGUCAAGAACAAUGAAGCACAGUUCAGUUCUGCUUUUGCAGUUCCUUCUGGGGACGUGCUCGGCCUACAACUAUCCAAAUGUAGCAUUGCGUGGAAAAGCGACCCAGUCACACCGUCACGUGCACGCAUUUGGAUCUGCCUACAACGCCAUUGACGGAAACCGUGAAUCCAACUACGUGGCCGGAUCCUGCACCCAGACUGCUGCACAGACAAACCCCUGGUGGAGAGUGGACCUGCUGGAGCCCUACAUCAUCGCCUCCGUCAUUAUCACCAACAGAGAAGACGACUUUGCAGAAAAGAUCAACGGGGCAGAGAUCCACAUCGGCAACUCUUUACAAGACGAUGGUGUCACAAAUCCAGCGGUUGGUGUAAUUCCUCGUAUCCCAGCCGGAAGAUCUUUAAAGAUUACUUUCACCAGCCGUGUGGAGGGACGUUAUGUGACCGUGGCUCUACCUGGUUCAGGAAAGAUCCUCACACUCUGUGAAGUGGAAGUCUACGGGUACCGUGCCCCAACUGGAGAGAACCUGGCACUCCAAGGAAAAGCCACACAGUCGUCAUUGCAUUCUAUAGGCGUUGCGAAUAAUGCCAUAGAUGGGAAUCGUAACAGCGCCUGGGCCCAGGGUUCUUGUAUUCACACAGCCAAUGACUUCAACCCCUGGUGGCGAGUGGACCUGGGCAAAACCCAUAAAGUGUUUUCAGUCAACGUGACCUCCUACAGAGAGUCUGUCUUACGACUUAAUGGAGCCGAGAUCCGAAUUGGAGAUUCUCUUGAAAACGAAGGCAACAACAAUCCCAGGUGUGCUGUGAUCUCAGGGCUUACCGGCGGUUUCACUGGAAAUUUCGACUGUAACGGGAUGGACGGUCGCUACGUGAACAUUGUCAUUCCUGGAAAAACCAUCCACCUGAUCCUGUGUGAGGUGGAGGUGUACGGCUCCAGACUGGAUUAAGUCUGAGGAGGGUUCAAAAUCUAUUCAAACCUUCCUCAGUCACAUGAUGCAAUCAUAGCUUCACUUUGCACCAAGUGCGGGGUGAGUCGUGAACAACUUUUUAACGUUUAUCAGAAACUCCAAACUCAAAAUUACCACAAAGAAAACUUGAAAAAUGACAUAGUUGGUCCAGAUACUGGUUUAAAUCACAUGUUUGGUGACAUAUACCACCAAACAUGUGAUUUAAACACUUAAUGGGGACUUUAAAGAUGCAUGAAUACAUUUUUAACCAGAAUAAAAAAAGUCCAAAACAAGCAGACAUAUUUGCAGUUGUGUUGACUUUCCUUUUAGGUCUGAGAAAUCAGUGAUGUUAUGAUUGUACAUACACUGUUUAUAUGCAUACAUAUGAUUUUGUACGAACUAUAGUAUUGUGAAAUCAUCAGUGACAAUAAUGUGUUUGUAUAUACC